CUAUCAACAAAGUCCUUCAGCAUUCGCAAUCUAUACUAUCGUGUGAGAUCAGAAAUCAAAAAUCACCAAAAAUCUUCCGACACGAAAGUGGAAAACAUGAACACGAAAAUGGCAAACUUGCAGGCGAACGUGCAUGCAAAGUUCGAAGCAAUGAAUAAUGAAGUGAGAGGAAUGAAAAUGCCUUUAAGUGAGGUAAAAGAUCGCUUCGAUUACUUGAAAGUAGCAGUACAUGAGAAGAUAGAGAGCAAAGAAAGAAAGCAGAAGGAAAUUACAAGAGAUGUAAGUGGCACAGCGAAUGGCGGAAGAGAAAUUCAACAUACCUGUAUUGAUUUGUUACUGGUAGAAAUAUUUAACUACCGUCAGAGAUUGUGGUGUUUGUGA